AUGGUCCUCCUUACUUCAUCAACAGUCUCUGCCAUUGUGUCCUUUGGCGUAGUCUGCAUCUUCUCAUUGAUGUUGUUUAUUGCUGGAUAUGUGGUACAACAACAGUCGGUGAAGAACAUCAAGCAUGCUCUGCGCCCACCCCCUGGUUCCCCAGGCGGAUUGGGAUCACGAGGAUCCACAUUCCAGAGUUCCGCUCAGAAACGCGGGUUAUCAGAUUCAGAUCUAGGUUUAGGAGAUCACCGUCCGAGCUCAGGGGGAAACUACGCAUACCUACAGUUGCUCUCCAGCCCAGAAGCCUCUGACAUCUGCUCUGCCAUCUCAUUUUUUAAGCAACUUUCAAACAAUGGCAGUGUCAUUCAGGAUCGACUGUUCAUGUAUCCUGAAGAAUGGGACCGAAUGUCCGCGACACAACUUGGAAAGCCUGCUCUAACUGCCCUUUCCAUCUUGCGCGCCGCAAGCAUCAAAUAUGGUAUCUGGCUCCUGCCAAUUGAUAUGACCGUGGCUUCGUCACAAGGCUAUUCGACGACCGACACCAAGCUGCUGCGACUGGGCCAGGUUCAGUUUAUGCAAUAUGACAGCGUGUUAUAUCUCCCGGCCCGUGGUAUGAUCCUGGAUACCGAAAAACUAGACGAUAUCCUUUUAUCGCAGGAACUGCCACUUGUUUACGACAAAACACGUCCUGAUUCUUACGACAAUAUUGCGUGGACACCUUCAACUCUUCGUCCUGAUCGCGAUGCCGACUUGCCACCCGUUUACCUGAUCACGGUAAAUAAUAUUGGGAGUGGAAAUGUGCAAGCUCGUACGCAUGUGCCAAACCCUAGCCUUCCUGAGUUUCAAGCUCUUGUUCGUGGGUCGCAGAAGAUCAUUUCCCAAGAUGAGGAUCAAGAUGAACUCAUUGAACCGCCAGCCUAUGUGUAUUUUGAAAACGACCGUCGAGGGCAUAUCAAGCUUGAGAAAAGUCCGUAUUAUCAGAAAUGGCGAGCAGAACUGGUUGAUGUUUGUGAUGGUUUGGAAUUUGAUGAUGAUUUGUACCGUGAUGAGUAA